CUUCAGAAUAAGGAUAUUAAAGCUAAAGGCUCGAGCACAAAUAUCUUCAGACCUUAUAUGAUAUUCUUCACUUCAUGGUCUGGUGAAGGUACAAUUGAGUACACAAACGGUUUAGACACAGCAGCAAGCAAAGUAAUUCUGGGUUUGAGAGAGAUGGACAAAGAUUUGACCUCGGGCCAGCAAGUACGGAAAAGAGCAAGCACUGAUGCGAUGCGAAAAAAUGCAGAGCCCAACAAAAGAACCAACAGAUCUCAGGAUCAAGAUGACAACCAAAUCACAGCACAUGAUCUAUUGAACAAAAUACAGGGAAAAAGCCAAAUCAAGGAAGGAUAUGUUCAAAAAGCAGUUCGCCAACGUCUGAGACUCUACUGCUGCAGAUGUGAGGAGGAUGUUAGUGGUGGGGGGGAAUGUCGACGAUGUGGCCAUGCAUCGUGUCCGGAGUGCUUGCACGAAAGGAGACUGUGUGGGGAAAAAAGAUCAGUUGACCCAUCACACGAACCGAACCAAGCGAAUAGCUGUCAUGAUGCUCAAACAAAUCUCCAAAAAAGCUCAGUCCCGGCGAUCCAUCUUAGCCAAGCUAUCGAUAGUGAUGGGGAUCCAGAAGCGCUCUAUAUGUUGCCUUACACUGAAGGGGAAACUGGAGAAAGACGCAACAAAAACGGAAGACCUGGGUUAAUCGAGCCAUCAAGUGCUGCUACUGCGAAGGAACUGGCUCAGCGGUCAACGGAUGCGUAUGUGGGCAUAAGUAUUGUGGAAUAUGCUUCCGUUACUCAGAAUGAGCCCGACGCGACAGGCGAACCUGUGGGGGAGAUUCGAGAUUUCUAA